GCUAUGAGAUUAUAAAAGCUACGGGAGGAUUCUGCAACUCAACGUUAGAAACUGAGAUAGGAAGAGUUUACUUCGUUGUGGCGGAGCCUUCUGUUGGAAUCCAGUCCAGAUGAUAGUUUCUCAGUUAAUGGGUCCAAAACAACAGAUUUUCUUGCUGUUCUUGUUCCUUCAAGUGUUUGCUAUAGCAGCAAAAACGGACACUGGAGACUUUGCUGUUUUGUCUGCUCUAAUGAAGGAUAGCUGGAAGAAUAAGCCAUCGAGUUGGACUGGCGACGAUCCUUGUGGGGAUAAAUGGGAAGGAAUACAAUGCUCGAAUUCUCGUAUCACUGACAUGGUAUUAUCAGGCCAAGGUCUAGCGGGCAAGCUUACUGGAGACAUUGGGAAUUUAAUUGCGUUAGAGAAACUUGAUUUAUCUCUUAACAAGGAUUUGACAGGAAAUCUUCCACCAACAAUUGGAAAUUUGAAGAACCUUCAAUACCUGUCCCUGCAUGGUUGCAGUUUUUCUGGCCCAAUUCCUGACACAAUAGGAUCUCUUAACCAGCUGCUCUACUUAUCAUUAGGUGCUAACAAUUUCACUGGAGAAAUACCACAUUCCUUUGGCAAUCUGCUUAAACUUUAUUGGCUGGAUAUAACCGACAAUAAUAUUUCUGGAGAAAUUCCAGUCUCUAACGAGACAUCACCUGGUUUAGAUUUGCUAGUAGGCAUACAACACUUUCAUUUUGGACAAAAUGAGCUCGAAGGCACAAUUCCACCUCAACUUUUCAGCUCAAAAAUGAAAUUGCUACACGUGCUUUUCGAUGACAAUCGUCUUACCGGUAGCAUUCCUUCUACAAUAACAUUAGUACGAACCUUGGAAGUGAUAAAGCUGGAUAGGAAUUCAUUGAGUGGAGUUGUGAACUUGAGUGGCCUAGUCAAUUUGACUGAGCUAUACUUGUCGAAUAAUAAAUUAACGGGCCCCAUGCCUGAUCUUGGAGACAUGAAUCGCCUCACCUAUGUGGACAUGAGCAACAACAGUUUCGAUGCAUCAUCAAUUCCACAAUGGUUUUCAAGCCUACAAUCCUUGACAACAUUAAUAAUGGAGAAUACACUUCUUCAAGGGCGAAUACCAGUUAGCCUCUUCAGCUCUACUCAGUUACAAACAAUCAGUGUACUAAGUAACAAUAAGCUCAAUGGCACCUUGGACAUUGGCUACAAUUAUAGCAGAAAACUGAAGCUCAUUGAUUUGCAGAAAAAUGACAUUACUCAAUUCACAGAAGGUUAUGAAUACAAUGGAGCGCUAAAGCUUCAAGGUAAUCCUAUUUGUGGAAAGAAGGGUUUACUAGAAAAGUACUGCAUAGUUUCCCAACAGCCACAGGUCCCAAAUUCUACACAACGAAACAAUUGCGACAAUGCCUGCAGAUUAAAUCCAAUUUGCAGCCCCAAUUGCAAAUAUGCAUAUCCAAUCACAGGAACUUUACAGUUCUUGUUUGUUUCCUUCCAAGACUUGGGAGAUGCAAGCUACUACCAAUCUCUCGAGGCCAAUUUGACAAAGACCUUUCAGUCUUAUAAACUUCCUGUAGAUUCAAUUAGAGUGAGUGAUCAAAGGAGGGAUAUGUAUGGUUACCUUGAAUUGAGGCUGCAAAUCUUUCCAUCUGGUAGUGACCGUUUUAACAGAACAGGGUUUUCCAUGAUUACAUCUCAGCUCAACAAUUUUGGGUUUUUCCCGCCCUUAAAUCCUUUUGGAUCGUUCCAUUUCAUUCUCGACAAUAAUGAAUACUUUACAGUACAUAACAAGUCAUCAAAUAUUGGAAUCAUCAUUGGAGCAUCAGCUGUUGGUUUUGCUCUGUUGCUACUAUUACUGGUGGCUUUAGUUUAUGCUUUCAACCAAAGAAGAAAAGUUGAAAGGCCUUCUCAACUAAGAGAUCCAUUUGCAUCAUGGGACAACAAUGGGAAAAGUGGAAGCCGUCCUCAAAUAACUGGACUGAGGUGCUUCUCUUUUGAAGAAAUUAAGAAAAGCACUAGCAACUUUUCAGAUGCCAAUAUUAUUGGAACAGGAGGAUAUGGGAAGGUUUACAGAGGGAUUCUUACCGGUGGGAUACAAGUUGCAAUUAAAAGAGCUGAACAAGGAUCAAUGCAGGGUAGUGUUGAGUUCAAAACUGAGAUUGAACUCCUAUCAAAGAUUUAUCACAAAAAUCUCGUUAGCCUACUAGGUUUCUGUUAUGAGGUAGGCGAACAGAUGCUUGUCUACGAGUAUGUUUCAAAUGGUAGUCUAAAGGAUUGCAUUUCAGGGAAGUCAGGUGUCCGAUUAAGUUGGGAAAGAAGACUUAAAAUAGCCCUUGAUUCGGCCAGAGGUCUUGCUUAUUUGCAUGACCAUGUCAACCCACCCAUCAUCCACAGGGAUGUUAAGUCAUCUAACAUUCUAUUGGAUGAUCAGCUAAAUGGAAAAGUUGCUGACUUUGGUCUAUCAAAGCUUCUGGGUCACAGCAGUCAUGUUUCUGAUAAUGUUAAAGGGACAAUGGGCUAUGUAGAUCCUGAAUAUUACUUGACUCUGCAUUCAACUGAGAAAAGUGAUGUUUAUAGCUUCGGAGUGAUCAUGUUGGAGUUAAUAACUGGUAGAAAGCCUAUAGAACAUGGGAGAUAUAUUGUGACAAUGGUCAAGAUGGCAAUGGAUAAGACAAAACAUUUAUACAAUCUUCAGCAUCUGAUCCUUGAUCCAACCAUUGCUUUCAGCAGCACACUAAAAGGUUUAGAAAAGUUUGUCGAUCUAGCAAUUAGGUGCGUUGAAGAAUUAAGAGUCAACAGGCCUACAAUGACAGAGGUGGUCAAGGAGAUUGAGAACAUACUGCAACAGGCUUGUCUGCACAGUGAUGUUGAAUUGGUAUCUAAUUCAAACAGUCAAGAUGUAUCAAGUGGAAGCAGUUUCUACAGCCCAAUUAUAAAUAAGGACCAGGAGUAUAGUAGUGGAAGUUUUCCAUAUUCUGAGAUAGAGCUUAAAUGACAAGAUUGUUUUACAUUUGGUAAUAGUAGUAAUUUACUGCUGCAUAAGGCUUGUAUUUGGGUAGUGAUGAUUUCCAUGUGGUUCAGGGAAGCUUUUCUUUAUCAUUGGAAUGAUGAGAAAAGAUUCCCUUGCCGUUUGAAACAUUAUAUAUGAACACCGCUUGAAAAAUAAAUAAUAACCCUUUUCUUCUCUU